AUGGCACCCCGAAGCAAUGUUCGUAUAGCUCUCUCAGAGCCCGUGGUUUUCGUGCGAGGAGCAGACUUCUCCGACGAUGGCCCCGGCACCCUCAGCUCAGAGCCACCCUCACUUCUGCGAGCAAUACUCGUCCUUGAUCUGACUACACCGACGCGCAUAACGAGUAUAGACGUAGAACUCAGAGCAAAAACCAAGAUCAAUCUACCGCCGACAUCGGGAUCGGGUCACCGGGUCGAGCCCGUAGCGUCAGACGAGCGCACCGUAUUCUCGGUUUCUCAUCAGUUGUUCAGAUCCGUUUCCGCCAGCUCUGCACCGCCUCUACGGUCGCAGAGAGCAUUGUCUGUCAGUUCUGGAUUGCCACUGUACGAUGAGCUGGAGUUUGCGCAUCCGUCUGGCCUUGAGGCUUCACACGCGCGCGCUGCGACCCAGGCUCCUAUGAGCACCGAGUCAUCGCUCGCAUCACCUCUCGCCUCUCGCGGGCGGCAGCGCCUGCGAAGACAGAUGAGUUCCGACUCCUGGACCCAGCUACCUUCAGAUCCGAUUUCUAUAAUCCUCCCACCUCCACCUGUGUCAUUAGAGUCGCCUUACGAAACAGAGUUUGCGCCAUCCUCUUCUCGACGAACAGAGGUGGAGGUGGCGACGGAGUCCCGAUCCGCCUCGAAUCCAUCAACGCGGCCCGCUUCAUUCACGGAAGACUCACCGACAGAAGUGGGCGGGUCGCCCUUACUGGAGCAUCGUAUAGUGAGCACGAGUACGGACACGAGCGAGGAGGGCCGCGUGCCUCCUGCUCGAUCGCAGAGCCAGAUGGCCGCAACGGCCAACACACCCGGGGCGAGCAUCAGUCCGCAAAGGGGCCGUCAGGCACGCACACCGUCCCGGCUGGGGGCGGCUGCCAAUUUCCUUCUAGGUGCUGUCAAGCAUCGUGUGCAGGGCUCAAGCUUGGAAGCAUCACACCCGAGCGGUGUAGAUGGCGGCGUAGACUUGGGUUGGACAGAGUUCAAGAAAGGUGUCUAUACUUUUCCGAUCUCAUUGGCGAUUCCGGCAGAUGCACACCCGUCGCUAGCCGUGGAGUACGGACGUGUCUCGUGGAAGCUCAAAGCGAACGUGCACAGACCGGGCGCGCUUACGGCGCGACUAAGCGCAGCGCACGAUGUUACCGUCGUCGCACUUCCAAGCGAGGACGACACGGAGGAGAGCGGCAAUAUUCUCGUCGAACGCUUCUGGAGCGACCAAUUACAUUACAUUUUCUUCGUUUCCGGCAAGAUAUUUCCUGUAGGCGGCGUCAUCCCCCUCGAACUGCGGCUUCUCCCCAUGGCGAAGAUUCGGAUUGCACACAUCGUCAUGUCUAUCGAGGAACUUAUUGAAUACGAGCUCUCAUCAUGGCAAAGCGCCAAACGUAGCCUACGUCCGGUGCGCGAGCCCUUACUUUCCCUGAAGCCCGAGAGAAAGACGGAUCGUCUUCUACCCCUCGAAUCGGAUGACCCCGACGCGUUCGCAUGUUCCCCGCUCGCACAGCUUCAGCAUUCCGGCGAUGCCUCAGAAACUCUAGCUAGUUUCGUGGGACCUGGCCCUUGGACCCUGGUGGCUGACUUGCAAGUUCCUUCAGCAUUAUGCCCAUCGAAUCGUAAUGGCGCUGGAGGCAUACGCGUGACGCAUACACUCAAGGUUACCAUGCGUGUUGAACGUGGUGACGACCAAGAGAUCAACGAGCGCACGGGCGAGAGGAAGCUCUUCGACAUCAUCGUGAAGAUCCCCAUCAACCUGUUGUCGAACCUCGCCGAUCGGGGAUCGACUGUGUUACCACGUUAUGCUGCAGAAGGUGGAAGCCACGCACGCUCAUCGCGCCGACUGGAGCAGGCCUCCUCUCCGGCGGAGCGGCUAGCUACACAGCUCACGUACGAGCGCCUUGUAGCGGGGCAAGAGAGCGAGUUUGGGGAGGCGCCGCCGGGGUACUCUAGUUCUCCUGCCGGCGCAGCACAUGAGGUUGUCGCGCAUGGCCAUCCGCCAGCGUGA